GGGUCCUCAUUCCAUUCGUCCGAUCAAAUGGAAGUCAUCAUACAAGUCCCUGAUAUCGAGGCGAACAAGUACGGCUGCCAGCUGUAACGGUCGAAUUGGUUUGGACGCAAUAUGACCAAAUAUUUGAAUGUCAGUCACUCGAGGACCGGCUUGAUCGGUUAGUGGGCGUUGUUUGAGACUAGCUAUAGCUAGUGGUGUACUAUCUUGAUGCCGUUUUACCGCAGCAGACGGACUCCAGGCUGUUUGACAUUGACAAGUUUCUAAGAGUCAGAACCUGUUAGGUCAGGACAGAACCCACUUGCUUGGGUAAAAAGCAAACUCAGCGGCCCGGAAAAUGCCGCUUAUCUCCAACCGCGAACCACACUGAUCUUUCCGAGUCCUGGAUCCUCUAGUCCUGAGUGGAAUACCGUACGAUCGAUAGUACUGCGAUACGCGGAAUUAUUGUUCCUCCUUGUAUCGAUUCUCGAGUGUACAAUGUCUAAAGCGUCGAAGGAUACAGCCGUAUCUGAAUUCUGCUCGAUAACUGGCGCAUCUCCAAAAGAUGCCAAGCGAUAUCUGGACAAGCACCAGAGACGGCUCGACGCGGCAAUUGAUGCCUUUUUUCAAGAUGGCUGCGGCAGAACAACCGUUGCUUCAACGAGCAAGUUGAAUGCCCUGUUCGAGAAAUACAAGGAUCCAACUGGAGACGAAAUUUCAAUAGACGGAACUCUUCAAUUGUGUCAGGAUCUCCAAGUAGAUCCAGAGGAUGUCGUUCUGCUCGCAGUUGCUUACGAACUGAAAUCUCCGAAAGUUGGGGAGUGGAACAGGAAAGGUUGGGUAGAGGGAUGGUCACGACUUGGCUGCGAUACCAUUGUCGGCAUGAAAGAUGCUCUAACGCGGUUGCGGGGGAAGUUGGGAUCUGACUCGACCUAUUUCCAUAAAGUGUACGAUCACACGUUCACUUUUGCUCGGACGGAGGGACAACGGAGUCUAGCGAUCGACACGGCAGUGGCGUUUUGGGGCUUAUUGCUUCCGACAGGACUGGCAGGCGGCGCGCUAAAUCAUGACUUGACAGGAGAAGACGUAGAUAUGGAUGGCGAGGGAAGUUCCGGGUGGACAGAUGAGCACACGCAAUGGUGGUUCCAGUUCUUGACUGAGAAGGGGGGUAAGGGCGUGAGCAAAGAUACGUGGAUGAUGUUAUUUGAUUUCAUCCGCUCUAUCGAUUCCAAAUUUUUGACACAUGAUGUGGAGGCUGCAUGGCCUUCCGCGAUAGACGAUUUUGUGGCGUGGGCAAGGUCAGUGGGGAAAGUCGCGACUCCAGAGGCAACAUGACAGAUAAUUAGCGAUGUGGGAGGCUGAUAGUUUUUCAUUCCAUGUAGAGUAUCAUCGCUGUGUGUGCAAAGUACGCCAUAUAUACCGAUGGGAAAGACAAGAA